AUGCCGGUAUUAAAGCUCACGCAUAUCCCCGCUUCCCAGCCGGAGGUAAACUGCGUAAACUCCAUCUGGGCCAAUAUUCGAUAUACUCUCUUCGGUGGCGACGAUGGCCUCUGUAUCACCGGAUCUAAGAGGACCUGCUGCCUUCAUAUUAUCGACAUUGCUACAAAUACGCAGAAAGGGGUGUGUAUACCAAAUAAAUCUUUAUGUACUGGGCGGAGCCCACUUCUGGGAGAUGGCGAGAUGUUAUUCAUCCAUGCGAAUGAAGAACAUAGCACAACGAUCCACCGCCCAAACAACGGAAUUAAUAGAAAAGAAGAUAUAUAUAUCCUCGAUGAUCAGGGUAUCCUGAUCGGCGAUGAUGAAACUACGAUACUCGGCACCAGGGGCCGGGAACUCUCAAUUCAAACACACUCCGAUCUUCACCGGCGCGCCGCCGCCAGCGAAGAAUCCACUCCUUCUGGAAUUCCGAUAGACCCGGUACCCCCCUCCGACAGCGAGCUGCCAACAGCGGCUGUCGCGGGCGGAGUUGUGGUGGGCGUUCUUGUAAUCGUUGCUCUCUGCUCUCUAGGUUUUGUUUGGCGCCGCCGCCAGAAAAAGAGAAAUCAGCCAAAAGUCGACACACAUGAGGGUAAGCCCGAUGAGACAGAAUUAGGUCUGGUAGUGUCCGCGUUUGGAGACCCUACGCAGUUUACCAGUAUUGAAGAGAGAUUGGAGGAGGCAAGAACGGAAGGGAAGGAGAAAGGGAAGGAGAACGGGUCAGCAGAAGCAGACAACGCGGGCGGAGCAGUUGAAGGGCAUAGUGCAAGGGAUGUAGCAGAAGGAGACCAUCUGGGCGGGGUAAAAAGAGAAGUGAUGAGUGUGACAGCUUUGCCGGCGGGAGGGGCUAAACCAGAAGUAUCCGAAUCCGAAAUACAGCCGGUUCGAGACUGA